AUGGCAUGGUUUGAGGGGGCUACACUACACCAAUACGCUGAGGGCAUUAAAUGUAGGAUUUUUGCAACUACUCUUUCGGGGAUGGCUCAGCAUUGGUUUCACAAUCUAAAGUGUGAUUCCAUUCACUCAUUUGGAGAUCUCUUUCUCAUAUUCAUGAGACAAUUUGCUAGUUCUAAACAAGUGAGUAAGACCGCUAUCUCUCUAAUGGAUAUCAAACAAGAACCACAUGAAACAUUGAGGGAGUAUGUGGCUCGUUUUAACGUAGCCGCACUGGACAUACCGGAGGCAGAAUCACAGAUUAAGUGGUAUGCCUUUGUUAGGGGAUUGAAACAGGGGCCUCUCUUUGAUGCAUUACAAAUAACACCACCAAGAGACUUUGAUGAUAUCAUGGCCAUACUACCUGGGUAUCUGCAAUUGGAGGAUGCAAAGGCCGCAAGGAGGCUAGAAUCGGAUAAAUACCGAUAA